GCUGAGUCUCAUGGCCCCAGAGAUGCUGCCCUGAGCCCUUGGAACUGCUUCCUGGUGGAGGCGGAGCAGGCGGCUGGCGCAGCCAGUGAGGGUCAGGGGAUGCUCCUUCACCGGCAGUGAAAGGAAGAGGGAGAAAGCAGAGGGCUCUGCCGGGGAAUGUGGCACCAAGAACCCCUCACCUGACCCGUUGUUUCUGCCUCUGCCUGCACACAAGGCUCUGGAGCAGCCAAAAAGAUGGCUUCUCCAGGUACCCCAGGGACCCGUAUGACGACCACAGUCAGCAUCAACAUUUCCACACCGUCCUUUUACAACCCACAGAAGAAGUUUGCACCUGUGGUUGCCCCUAAACCCAAGGUGAAUCCCUUCAAGACUGGGGGUGCAUCGGAGUCAUCGCUGCCACAGCCUCCUGGAGCUGGCGCCCAGCGUGCCCAGAUAGGGAGAGUGGGGGAGAUCCCCGUAUCUAUGACGGCAGAAGAGCUGCCGCUGCCACCUCCUCCCCCACCUGGAGAGGAUCUAAGUUUCUCCUCAAACUGUGCUUUUCCUCCUCCCCCACCACCCUUUGAAGAGCCUUUUCCACCAGCCCCAGAUGAAGCUUUUCCUUCUCCUCCUCCGCCUCCUCCACCAAUGUUUGAUGAAGGACCUGCCCCACAGGUGCGUGGCAAGAUGAACAGCAUUGAUCUUGAGAUUGACUCACUGUCCUUAAUGUUGGAAGACAUGGAGAAGAAUGACCCCUUCAAAUCCCGGAUACCUUCAGGAUCCACAGGUUCUCUGGAGAAACCAUUGACUCCAAAAGCUCAUGUGGAAAUCUCAUCCGCACCCAGAGAUCCUACUCCUCCUUUUCCUUCCAAGUUCACUCCAAAGCCAAGCGGUAGCUUAUCUUCCAAGCCCCCUGGAUUGGAUUCAACUCCUGCCCCAGCUCCGUGGGCAGCUCCACAGCAGCGCAAGGAGCCCCUAGCAUCAGUCCCUCCACCCUCUUCUCUCCCGUCUCAGCCUACUGCUAAAUUCACACCACCCUCUGUUGCCGGCUCUCCUGGAUCCAAACCAGGUGCCACUGUUCCCAUGGCUCCUUCAAACUCUGCAAGAUAUCCUACCUCCCUUCAGACUCAGUUCACUGCCCCUUCACCCUCAGGUCCCUUGCCUCGACCUCCGCCUCCCAAUUUCACCCAUGCUCAGCAGUGGGAAAGACCUCAGGUGCAGGAGAAACCUGUUCCCACUGAACAAUCUGCUGCUGCAAAAGACGUGCAUAGACCCAGUGCAAAUCCACCUAAGGGAAACUCUCCUCUGACCAUGAAGGAGGUAGAAGAGCUGGAGAUGUUGACUCAGAAACUAAUGAAGGAUAUGGACCAUCCACCUCCAGUAGAAGCUGCUACUUCUGAGCUGUGUGGCUUCUGUCGGAAGCCCCUGUCACGGACCCAGCCAGCUGUGAGAGCUCUGGACUGCCUUUUCCAUGUGGAGUGCUUCACCUGCUUCAAGUGUGAGAAGCAGCUGCAGGGGCAGCAGUUCUACAAUGUGGAUGAAAAGCCCUUCUGUGAGGACUGCUAUGCCGGAACCCUGGAAAAGUGCAGUGUCUGCAAAAAGACCAUUACAGACCGGAUGCUGAAGGCCACUGGUAACUCAUACCAUCCUCAGUGCUUCACCUGUGUGAUGUGCCAUACUCCUCUGGAAGGGGCCUCCUUCAUAGUGGACCAGGCCAACCAGCCUCACUGUGUGGAUGACUACCACAGGAAGUAUGCUCCACGCUGCUCAGUAUGUAGUGAACCUAUCAUGCCAGAGCCUGGGAAAGAUGAGACAGUGCGUGUGGUGGCACUGGAGAAAAACUUCCACAUGAAAUGUUACAAGUGUGAGGACUGUGGGAGGCCCUUAUCUAUUGAGGCUGAUGAAAAUGGCUGCUUUCCACUGGAUGGGCACGUACUAUGUAUGAAAUGUCACACUGUUCGUGCUAAAACAGCGUGCUGAGGAGUUUGGAGUGAGCGUACCCUCAAGACCCCUGCACUCAGUACUCUUUCCUUCCCCACCGUUGUCCUGCCCCUCUGCCUGACAAGGCAGAUUGCUACCAGUGAAGACUCUGCCAGCGCAGUUGGUUACCCACGUAGGAUUUGCCACUUGUAGACUUCACUAUGAGCACCCACUAAGAAAGGACCUCUUCUCCCACCGCCACUUCCUGGCCGUACUGUAUUCCAGGCUGAGGACUGUGACUGAGAUGAGUGCAAAAUCUCUGUUUCCUCAAGACAAGAAGAAGGACCAAAUCUCCACCAUCGCCUGGUGGAAGUAGCAAGAAUGACCCGGUGGCAGCUGCUGAGAAAAGGCUGAGCAUUCUUCUGCUGCAUGAAGCCAAGAAAUGAUUUCACAUCAUAAGGUGGAAGCCGCCUCCAUCUCAGCACCGCUUCUGUCAUAGGUUUUCCCACACCACCUCGUUAUCUGGAUGUCUUCCCCUAUUGCCUUCAUCACUUCUGGGUAAGAGUGUGGAAGCAGAGUGUACUGGGAGCUUCUGUUCUAGUUGCUGGAAAAAGCUAACCUACUAUAGCUUUUCUGCUUCUAAUGGAUUUUAUUGGCUAACUGCCCUGUCAAUUUUUUUUUCUUCUUUCCUAGCCAGACUAAACUGGCAGUGUUUGGAAUCCUACUCUGCUCCUGAGUUUGGACAGUUUAAUCUUAAUUUUUUUCUCUCUCUAAAAUGAAUUGCUUCCCAGUGUGGUUUCUGGACAGACAGGGUGGGCAAGAAUAACAAAACAGUCCAAAGAAUGGCUGUCAUAAGCAUAUAGUGAGGAAGUGCCUCAGUGAGAGGAUGAGGACUCAGCACACUGAGGAGCUCUCGGUGUUCCAGCAAGAGUUUUUUCACAGCUGUCAGUAGGAGCUACGAUGUCACUGCAGUGUACUGUCUGACUCUGUGUUACUGCACUGAGCCUCACUCCCUAGACUAGAAACUCUUCGCACAGGGCAAACCUUUUGAAUAACUAUGCUGUCCGACCACUGUUUGCAUCCAAUAAAAUUGUGAGUUUUUUUCCAUUAA